AUGGAGCCCGUCACGCCGGAUCUUCUCGGGCGUUACCUCUCUGGGGACAAUGAAAAUGACUUCCGAAGCCCGUCCAGCGGACUCAAAACAGUGUGGACUGAAGCCCGGAAAGCCUCAUCCCGUCUUGAUGUGAUGUGGACCUUCAGUGCGGACGGCCCGGAACUGCAAAGGAAUGAAGCAACCAUCCCACCCAGAAGACGCACCAAGGUGAUCAGCACACUACGGCAUCAACUACAAGAAGAACGGGAUAGGCGGCUUACUUCCCUCGCCAACCAGGGCAAGGUCUUGGAAUGUGUCGCUCUUGACAAGUCAAGCUCCCACUUCAUGCGCUCUGGACAGUUCACAAGAUUCGCCGACUGGCGCUUCAUUCAUCGGGCCCGCCUCAACCUCCUCCCCCUCAACGGAGCCCGGCCCUGGACACAGGGUGACAAACGAUGCAGACGGUGCGGCACACAGCCUGAGACCCUACCCCACGUCGCCAAUCAUUUGAAAAAUCAGGUUGUGGGUAACACCGGACUUCGGCCAGACCUGGUUGUGUCAAGAGGAGAGGAAGCAAUAGUCUACGACGUGACCAUAGUAUUCGACAACCGCCCGGAGGCUCUGCAAGCGGCUCGACGAAACAAAGAAGAAAAGUACCUACCUGUGAAGGAGAGCCUGCAAAGGAGAUAUCACCGAGUGCAUAUCGAGGCAGUGGUCAUCGGCAGCCUUGGUAGCUGGGAUCCAGCCAACGACCGCGGGCUCAAACGCCUCUGCUCAAGAGAAUACCUCAAACUAAUGAAAAAAACUCUGCGUAAGUGA